AUGUCUCCCUUCACUUUCAUCAUCAGCAUGAUGUUGCUCAUCGUCAGCUUCGGCCAGGCCCAGAUCAGCACUGGUUAUCUGGCUGAGCCCACCCUGCCUGCCUACAUGUACAUCAAUUGUGAUGACAACUUGACGCCUGACCCUGAUGCCCUGAUCUCCACCACGGCCAAGAUGAUGGAUUGGUGCGGUUGUGAGAACCUGCUCAACCCAGCCGGUGCCAACUACUAUGCUGGCAUGUCUGUCUUCGAGGAUGACAUCCCCAAGGCACCCCUCAGUCCUGCUCGUACCUGGGCUUGCAGCGCGGGAAUCGAUACCCGCUGUGACACGGUUGAAGACUGGUACAACGCCUUGUCCAACGUAUCCGCUCGUUGUGGCAACCACUCUGGCUACUUCUAUGACGCCUCGCGUCAGAUGGCCUGGGGAUUCGAUUCCUACUACAACAUGAAGUUCUGCGAGGGCGUUGCCUGGGUUGGCAUCUCCGCCGCUGCCAAGGAUGAGAAACCGGAGUAG